ACAGUGUGCCUGUGAUCCAAUCUUCCAUUCCAUCGAUGGCAGUAACGAUCUACCGACAGAGCAGUGAGAAUGUCGAGCGCCAGAGCGGUUCUGUGGGUGCUCGUCGUGGGUGUGGGCUUGGGCCUGGUUUGUGGGGAUUACUAUUCGGCCAUCAGCGAAGUGGAGCGGCUACUGGAUGUGGAAGCCUUUCUGGUGGAACGGCUCGAAGAUUACUUGGAGAAAGCCCAGCAGAAUCAGGAGAACAUCGAAAGGUUUCUUCUACAUGUCGAGCAGUUGCAGAGCCAACGCGGGGACAUCGAGGCCUUCUUUGGCAAUCCACUCAAUGCGUUCACCACCAUCAGACGCCUCGUCCACGACUGGAAGCACAGUGUCUUCGAGCCGGUCUUCGGUACUAGUAACUUGGAGAGCUACAAACAGUCGGUGAGCGCGGGUUUGGAGAAGGCCGAGAUCCAGGAACCGACAAAGGAGGAUUUGCUGGGAGCUGUUCGUGGCUUGUGGCGCCUGCAGGAGAUGUACAAAUUGCCCACAAAACAGCUGGCGGCUGGAGUCCUGUCUCCGGCGGAGCGGCACCAAAUGAAUGCAUCUCUCAGCGCCAGUGACUGCUACGAGAUUGGGCGGCAUCUUUGCCAGAUGGAGGAGUACUCCUACGGCUCUGAGUGGCUGCUGGAAGCGAGCAGCAGACUGAAUCGGGAUCCCUCACCAUUCGUGUUUCCCAAAAUCACAAAAGUGCAGAUACUGGAGCAACUCUCCCCUGCCUUUAACCAUUUGGGCAACAAGAAGCUGGCCCACAAGCUGAACAGCGAGAUCCUGGUUGCGGAACCCGGCCAUGAAGAGGCCUUGAAGAACAAGAUUGUGUACGAGGCUCUUCUGGCACGAGAGAGGAGCAACAGUCCCAGGGUGACAGUAGAUCCUCCACAAGAGCCUGCUCUCGAGCCAGAUCCAGAGCUGAAGGUGAGCCAAGAGCUCUACCAGCGCGUGUGCCGAGGAGAACUGCGGCAGUCGCCCAGAGAGCAGCGGGAUCUAAGGUGCUGGUUGAGCCACCAGGAUGUGCCCUAUCAGCGCCUCUCGCCCUUCAAGGUGGAGCAGCUGAACGUGGACCCCUAUGUGGCCUACUUCCACGAUGUGCUCAGCGACAUGGAAUCCGCGCUGAUCAUCGAGCACGGCAAGGGGCAGGUGAAGCGCUCGGAGAUCGGCCAAAGCGGAAACUCCACCGCAUCGGACAUCCGCACCAGCCAGAACACGUGGCUGUGGUACGAGAACAAUCCCUGGCUGGCGGACAUCAGAGAACGACUGGAGCACAUCACCGGGCUGACCACGGCCAGUGCGGAGCCUCUGCAGCUGGUUAACUAUGGGAUUGGUGGACAGUACGAGCCACACUUUGACUUCAUGGAUGAGCCCGAAAAGAACUUUGGCUGGAAGGGAAAUCGCCUUCUGACAGCUCUUUUCUACCUGAACGAUGUCCCCUUGGGUGGUGCCACCGCUUUUCCCUUCCUCCAUCUGGCCGUGCCGCCCGUCAAGGGAAGUCUUUUGGUCUGGUACAACCUGCAUCGAUCCCUCCAUAAGGACUUCCGCACCAAGCACGCUGGCUGUCCCGUGCUCAAGGGCUCCAAGUGGAUAUGUAACGAGUGGUUCCAUGAGGCUGCCCAGGAAUUCAGGAGACCCUGUGGCCUGACCAGCGAUGCUGAAAAGUUCCUCGAACUCGAAAACAUGUAGUGGAUGUUCGGCCAUG